AUGAGGACUAGUCGCCUGUUCCUAUUCGCCAUCGCCCUCCUGCUAGCAUCUUCAGGUACUCCAAUCCUUGGGCCGAAUGCUGCUCAUUUCGAUUUCGAUUUAAUGCAUAAUGUUUUCAGAGCUGGUAAUGAUGUAUCCUCUUCCUACUUUGUUCAUGUCGAAAAUUCUACAGAUUUGACGACAAAGGCGUCGGCCGGAUGCCCGCAUCCCCGUUCGACAAUCCUGUACCCGGACUUGCCGUGUGAUCCCGAAGUCUGUGCGAAGAGUUGCGCCAAGGGAUUGAACAACGGCAACGGCACCUGCAUGAGUCCCAUUGGAUGUGAUUGCGAGUACUGCGUGCCGGCAACCGUCCCAAAACGCCCGCCUUUCUCUACCCGAAAGUCGAAACUGAAAGUAGUAGCUGUGUAA